CCAAAAUUUCUGGAAUUCCAGGUAAAGUUGGCGUAGCCAGUUCGCGAAUAGCGUCAACACGGCUGCUACGUUUUUUUGUCUAUUGGCUGUCACUCACAGACUCGACCGCCAACAUGCCGAAGCCACGCUCAAAGAGACAGGCGAUUCGGGACGAGCGGAAGCAGAAGCGACAUGACGCCGAAGAAGAAGUCGAAGAGAGUGCGAACAAGCGUUCCAAGCGACAACGGAUCGACGAGGAUGGCAACGCCAACAAUGUUGCAGACGAGUACGCCGAAUACACUGGCUCGGCCGAUAUGCAAGGGAUCUCUGGCGAUGCCCGACCGGAAAAGGAGUUCUUUGGUAUGCUGUCCGAUCAAGAGCAGGAAUACUUCCGGUCCGUCGAUGAGCAGUUGGACGUCGACGACUUCCCAUCGCAAGACGAGAGGGACAUGUACUUGGCCAACGUCUUUGCUGAGGCCCAGGGAAAGGAGCUGAAGCUCGCUUGCAGCCAGUCAUGCUCUAGGCUGAUGGAACGACUUAUCCUCAUGUCAAACACCCGCCAGAAGAAGAAGCUUUUCGACCAAUUCGCCUCCCAUUUUCUCAACCUCAUUCAGCACCGCUUCGCCAGUCAUUGUUGCGAGACACUCUUCUUACAGUCCGCUCCGGUUGUUUCAAGAGAAUUAAGCGGUGAAAGAGACGACGAGCCCGCAGAAGGCGAGGAAGAAGAUGCAGGGCCUCUGCCCACCAUGGAGGAACUGUUUCUUCUGACCUUGGACGAGCUUGAAGGUCAGUUGGGAUACCUCUUGACCGAUCGCUUUGCAUCUCAUAGUUUAAGAGUGCUGCUGAUCGUUCUGUCCGGACGGCCCCUCGAUCAAGCUGCGACCAAGUCACUCGUUCACAGCAAGAAGAAGGAGAAGAUCUCGGCACCCUGGAAGUCUGGUGCUGGUUCGGAAGAAAAGAAGGAUGCACUGCGACCAGUCCCAUCCUCCUUUACAGCGGCGACCAAGAAGAUCAUUGCAGAUUCUACAGAGGGCAUGGAUGCGACGGCACUUCGUUUGUUGGCCCGUCAUCCAACUGGUAACCCUAUCCUCCAACUACUUUUGGAGUUGGACAUUGCCGUCAAUUCUAAGAAAGAUACCAAGAAAGGAGAGACUGAACCUGAAGAGGACUCGAGUGAAAGGCGGUUGCUGUGGCAGCUCUUACCCCUCGCCCCUGCCUCGCUCAAGGAAGAGCAGUCGAUGGCCAAUGAGUUUAUCAACUCGAUGUUAUACGAUCCUAUCGGGUCCCGGUUAUUGGAGACUUUGGUAUCACACUGCCCUGGAAAGUUGUUCAAGGUUAUGUUCAAGCACAACUUCGCCGACCGCAUCCAAAGCUUGGCAAGAAACGACGUUGCAUCGUAUCCUGCCAUUCGUAUUCUCAACCGUCUGGGUAAGGAGGACCUUGCAGCCGCUGUCGAAAAGAUUGCUCCCGAGAUGCCGAAGCUGGUGUCAUUAUCACGAUUCAACGUCAUCAAGGCAUUAUUCGAAAGAUGCAAUAUCAGAGACGCUAAGAGUGAAGUUGGAACAUUACUAAGAGCACUCACGUCCGCCUGCGGAGGUGAUAAGAAGACGUUGAUACCAAAGUUGUGUAUACCAGAGAAGGAGGAAGACACAAAGAAGUCAGGACAGCAGUCACUGUCAAAAAAUCAAUCUGCGAUCAUCUCGCAUGGAUGCCAUCUGGCAACGACUAUGCUAUCGAUUCGCGGUGCAACCUCCAACGCCAUCCAGACAUCUCUAGUUUCUCUUUCCCCCGAGCUUAUCAUGGGUCUUGCGACAUCGUCCGGUCCAACAAUGCAUGUCCUGACCACUGCCUUUGCCACCCCAUCAGAUAACAAGGCCUUCCACAAGGUUCUGGUAGCAGCACUUAUGAAGGACAUCAUGGGGCUCGCCGUGUCGGAUCACGGUAGCAAAGUAAUCAGUGCCAUCGUGUCCGUACCGUCCAAGAGUGAAGGCAUCAAUCUGCCUUUCCACAUGAAGCAGCAGAUCAUGGACGUGCUUGGGGAGCAUGAGAUGGAACUACGUGAUUCAUUCCAAGGGCGGAAAGUGUGGAAAGCAUGGCAAGGAGAUAUGUGGAAGACAAGACCGAGAGACUGGAUCGCAUGGACGAAGGAGGUCGACACUGAGACACGUGCUGCUGCACCCGUGUGGAAGAGACAGCAGGCGGGGGGGAAAAUCACCAAAAACAACCCCAACAUGGUUAAAGUUGAUGAGGCAGCACGAAGGAAGAGGGCUGAUGUUGAGACGACCUCAUGAUACCAAAACUAGUAAAAUCCUUUGUAUGCUAUUUGGGGACAAUUCCGAGAAGCCCUCAAGCUACCUGCCCCAUUUUCAAUGAUCCUCGUUUUGAAUUGUAAUUAAUAGGUAACUGUUGUCAAAACACAGUUUCGUUCAUGUG